CCGCCCCGCCCCCGUGCAGGCAGCCAUUCCCCUACAUCCGGGUACCUACUCCAGCCCCACAGACUGGCACUAUGGUCAUGGCGGAGGGGACGGCAGUGCUGAGGCGGAACAGACCGGGCACCAAGGCACAGGAUUUCUAUAAUUGGCCUGAUGAAUCCUUUGAUGAAAUGGACAGUACACUGGCUGUUCAGCAGUAUAUUCAACAAAACAUAAGGGCAGAUUGCUCCAAUAUUGACAAAAUCCUUGAACCACCUGAAGGCCAAGAUGAAGGUGUGUGGAAGUAUGAACAUUUAAGGCAGUUCUGUCUUGAGCUAAACGGACUUGCUGUCAAACUUCAGAGUGAGUGCCAUCCAGAUACAUGUACUCAGAUGACAGCAACUGAACAAUGGAUUUUUCUUUGUGCAGCUCAUAAAACUCCAAAAGAGUGUCCUGCUAUAGACUACACUAGGCACACGCUUGAUGGUGCUGCCUGUCUUCUGAAUAGCAAUAAAUAUUUUCCCAGCAGGGUUAGCAUAAAAGAGUCAUCUGUAGCAAAACUAGGAUCAGUGUGCCGUAGGAUUUAUAGAAUAUUUUCACAUGCUUAUUUUCAUCACCGGCAGAUAUUUGAUGAAUAUGAAAAUGAGACAUUUUUGUGUCAUCGGUUUACUAAAUUUGUGAUGAAAUAUAAUUUGAUGUCCAAGGAUAACCUGAUUGUACCAAUUUUAGAAGACGAAGUACAGAAUUCAGUUUCUGGAGAAAGUGAAGCUUGAAAGGAAUCACAGGAAAAUGUACUGGACACAUAAUUAACAUUAAUUAUGUACUGUAUAUAUAUCAUUUUAGACACAUCAAUCAUGUAUCCAUAUUAUAGCUUCUUUGUUUAGUAUAGGUUUUUGUAUGCUGUGUGUUGCCUUUUAAAAUGGGAAAUACUUUUUAAGUUAUUCAUGAGCUGUGUAUUCACUGGUGUGGCACUCAUGGUUUUUAAAUAAGAUUAGUAUUAUCUGUUUAUAAUGCCUGUUAAUAAAAGGAUUUACAGUUUGGUAAAAUUGCUGCUAAACAAUCAUUGGAUCACAAUCCUUAUCAGAUAAACCCAUCUAUAAAAGAUGAGUGAGCUUGAGGUUUCGCACAAGCCAUUUACUAAAGAAGUAGUAACAUUUCCUUUGGUUUCACCCUAGUUUAGAUAUCCUAGAAAAUUCCGUAGUACAUACAUAGUUCAGUCUUAACCGUUAAUUUUUCAGAAAUGACAAAAAUAUUUUAAAGUUCUGUUUAUAUUUUUUGAUAUGCAUAUAUGAUUGUGUAUAUCCAAAUAUUAAAAUGCAAAUGAAAUCGUAGUUAAAUAAUCUUAAUAUGCUACAUAAAGCAUAUUCUUGGCCAGCAUAAUUGGAAAGGAUUUACCUUUCUUCAGUAGUGGACUGUUACAUAAAAGAUGAUGAUAAGGGACAUAGAUGAUGUUCUUACCAAAAAACCCACCUGGCCCGCCCCUUCUCCUCAACUCCCUUAACCCUCUUCCUGAACUGCAUUAGCUUAGAAGCUCUUCACCAAACUGUUAUUUAGUGGUGGCUUAUACAUAUUUAUGUUUGUAUUAAUUGCUUACAGAUUAUACCUCAUUUUAGCAAUUACAGUACACUACAAGAAAAAUGUAUUGACACAGGCUUUUACCUUUGUUUCGCUUGAUUGUUCUAACUACUUGGAAAACAGUCUUUAAGAUAGUUUAACUCCUCCUGUUAGUAAUAUUAAUCUUUUCAUCUAUCUGGGCAGCAUUUAUAUAGAGUGGAAAAACUAUUGUAGUAUUUAUUUUGUAUCCCCUGCCCACGAUUUGUGUUUGAAUUAUAUGCACAUUUUUGUGUCCUCAGUGAUUUGCAGUAAUUCAUAGGUUCCAAGUGUAUUGAUGAAUGGUCAUAUAUUUUUUGGACUUUGUUAAAAUUCAGUGUCUUCAGAAGGAUUCAACUGCAGAUUUAACAAUCUAAUUAUUGAAUGCAGUUUUUAACAAAGCACUGGAGGUCUUAUUGCCAAAUUGAUUUUAACGAGGUACUAAGAAUGAAAAAAUUGUACAUAUAGUGAAGAAAAUAUUGAAAUCCAUCUCUUGAACGGAUUUAACAGACGUGGGAAACUUUCAUUUAAAAUGGUAAUGUUGAAAUGAAGAUGAAAUGUAUUCAUCUUCAUUUUUUUUUCCAAAUUUGAGGAAAUAAUUUAUGCAAUAUUAUGAGACAAGUGUGUACAGCAAAAAUGUGGGAAGUAGCAUACGGGGAGUGUAUAUAGAGUUUAUGCCUUUCCAAGCCUGCCUGUGUAUUUGGCUUUGAGCAGUGCUGUCCCAGAAUACAGUCAUUAUUGAGUCCCAAUCCACAGCUAUCUUCUAAGAAGUUUUAUGUUCACAGUGAAAGAGUGUUGAUUUUGAAAUGAUGCAUUUAUAAGCCAAUGGGAUAGUAAUUUUUAAAUGCACUUGCUAAAUAUUGAGAGACUAAAUUACUAAGUUAAUAAAUUAUAUAUGGCAAUGGAGCUGCUUGCUCCAGGUGUCUCACAGUGAAUUUCUAUUGCUUGACUAUUGAUGAAGAUUUGAACUAAGGCAGGGACUAGGGUUGGUGAUCUAGCUUAGUAUUUUGAAACACAUUUUGAAUAAUAUGGCUUGGUGUUAAUGGGGAAAUAAAAUAUGAUUUUUUUGUCCUACUCAUUCCAUCUACCCUAUACUGUAUGUUUGGAAUUGAUCAUAAAAAAAAUUCCCCAAAAGAAAACAUCACUUUGUAGUCUUGCUUUUGUGUUCAUAUUGACAUCUCAUUCAUGUUUAUUACACUGAGGUUGAUUCAUUAUACUAGGUAAGACUUAAAUGAAACAGUUGCUGUCUUUCCUUAAUGCUGUUUACAGAAUUUUGAAAAUGUAUCUGCACGUACCUAAGAGGUAUUACAUAAAUUAGUGAGCCUGGAAAACCAUUGAUUUAUAAAGUAGGUGUUCUAAAAAGGGGAAAUAUGAUAGAGAAGUUAGGCUCUACUUUUGUUGGCUGAAAUUAUCCUCUAUAAAUCCGAAAGUUAAAAUUAAUUAUUUUCUUUCCAUAAAAUUAUUUUGACCACAGAGUCAACUCUUUUAUCAUAUCAGGGAAAUGGCUAACUUUUGCUAAUUUAUGUUUCCAUAAGUAACUGUAGUUCUUUUUUGUAUAUAGAUUUUGUUUACUCUGACUUGAAAUGUUAGUUUGCAUUUCUGCAUCAGUUUUUCAGUUAAAUUCUUAAUGACUUAACAGUUUUUAAUAUCAGAAUAAAAUUAAAAAAGUCAUGGUUACAUUGUAGUAAGGCCUGUGUCAUGGUUACAGAUACAUUUACCGACUGACUCUAAUAGAAGAACCAAUUAUUUUUUCCCUUGGAUACUUUGUCCUACUCUGUAUAUGAUGACUUCCCCCCCCCCAAAGGGCUUCCUAUAAUUUAAUUAGAGCAGUUAAAUUCUAAAUUUUAUGUAAUUUAUUUUGUGAAUACAUCUUGAAUGUGCUAAAGGUUUCUUAGUGUAGUUCUGCCAUGCUAUGAUACUGUUUUUGUGGAAAUAGUUAAUUUCUUGAAUGCAACUAAUUAGUAACUAAGCAAGACAGUACGGAUGUAUUGGUACAACAUAUGCAGCAGUUUCAGAUGAUCAAAACAUGAAAACCCAUUGCCUCCGAGUCAGUUCCGACUCAUAGCAACAUUACAGGACAGUGUAGACCUGCCCCAUAGCAUAGGGUUUCCAAGGCUGUAAUCUUCACAGAAGCAGACUGCUACAUCUCCUGCAGAGUGGCUGGUGGGUUCAAACUGCCAAGCUUUUGGCUAGCAGCCCAGUGCUUAACCACUGCGACACCAGGGCUCCUUCCAUGCAUGAUUAGUAGGUUAUAUUAUAAAAUCAAAACUACCAAGUGAAUCCACUGGAGAGAGUUGUACCACCCAUCUAACAAAUGAGGAGUGUCACUCUUAAAAUUGGGGAUGCCUGGGUAGGUUAUGUGGGGCUGGGAAUCUAAAGUACUCCAUUUGUGUGAUUUUUCUGCUGUUUCUUUUUGUAGCACAAAAAACUUCAUAUCAAGUAUGAGAAACAUAAUUAAGCAAAGAGAAUAGUAAAUUUUCAUAAUCACCUAGAUUUCUAAAAUGAUAUGUCAGUUAUGUUUCUAAUAUUAAUUUCAGGAUUAAUUGUGAUGUUGACAUUCAAAACUAGUAAGAUAUUGAUUCAGUUUUUAGUGAAAUCAGGAUUUUAUCCUCAUCUGGGUUUCUGAUACAGACCUUGGUAGGGGCAGUUUAUAAUUCCACAAAGAGUGUGUUUACCACUUCAUUUCUGGUGGGAAGACCACAUAUGAGCCACCUGUAUUUUAUAUAACAAUUAGAAAUCUUCACUUAAAAAUUAUAGUUUAUGUUACAGAUCAUAGGAUCAUCUCUGCCUUUUUUGAUGCAAUAUCAAAAGAACAUGCUCUUUCAAUGUGAUUAUUUUAUGUAGAAGAAUUUUUUAUAUCUCUUCAGGUAUUUGCUGAUUUUUAAAUACUUUUUUUCUUAGUGUCUGGAAGAGAAUGCUAGUUGUUUUUUAAAAAAUGCUUUAUUCCUUAUUCUGAAAGUAACAGGUUAAAUCAAGUAGGAAUGAUAGGAUUCUGUCCUUGUACUUUCUCCUCACCUCCGUUAGAGAUGUGUUGAAGGGAGUAGCCAGAGGAAUAAGAAGACCCCAGAUGUGAGGAAAUCGGUAUACACAUUCUACACUAGUGAAGGAGAUACCCUCCUCACCCAGUUCCCCUCACUGAAUAGGAACCCUUUGAAUUUUGUGAGUAAAUCCCUACUUGUUUGUUGUUAGGUGCUGUGGAAUCAGUUCCAACUCACAGCAGACUUAUUACAACAGAAUGAAACUCUGCCUGGUCCCGCACCGCCCUCACAAUCGCUAUGCUGGAGCCCAUUGUUGCUGCCACUGUGUUAGUCCAUCUCUUUGAGGGUCUUUCACUUUUUCACUGAUCCUCUGCUUUACCAAGCAUGAUGGCCUUCUCUAGGGACUGAUCCCUCUUGAUAACAUGUCCAAAGUAUGUGUGAGAUGAAGUCUCACCAUCCUUGCCUCUAAGGAACAUUCUGGUAGUACUUCUUCCAAGACAGAUUUGUUCAUUCUGGCAGUCCAUGGUAUAUUCAACAUUCUACGCAUUCAUUCUUCUUUGAUCUUCCUUAUUCAUUGUCCAGCUUUCGUAUGUAUAUGAGGCAAUUGAAAAUACCAUGGCUUGGGCCAGGGGCACAUUAGUCCUACCCUAAAAAAAAAAAAAAGUCAUCAUGUUUUUAAAACUAUUGUGUAUAAUAAGAGAAAUGCUUGCCUUGAUUUGAGUAAUGUAUUAAACCCUUUUGAAUAUUUGGUGCUUUUGGUUUUAAAUGUGUUUUGACAAAUGGAGAUCUUGGCCCUCUCCCCACCCAGCAUUCUGCUUGUUGAGAUCCCAUGUUAGUGACUGUAUUCCUUUCCUAUGGCUGUUGUAACAAAUUACUACAAACAGUGGCUUAACAACACACAUUUAUUCUCUUGCAGUUCUGGGCCAAAAAUCCAAAAUCAAUUUUAAUAAAAUCAAGGUAUCUGUAGGGCUAGUUUUCUUCAGGAGGAUCUAGGAGAGAAUGUCCAUUGCCUCUUCCAGUUACCAGCAUUCCUUCAAUCUCCAUUCCUCCCAUCUCUGCUUCUGUCAUCACUGUGCCUUCUCUUCUCUUAUAUCUCCCCCUUCCUCUCUUACAAGGACACUUGUGAUUGCAUCUUUGGGCCCACCAGAGUAAUCCAGGAUACUCUCUUACCUCAAGAUCCCUAACCAUAUCUGCAAAGUCCCUUUGCCAUAAAAAGUAACAUAUUCAUAGGCUACUUUAGGAUUAGGAAUUAGGAUAGGGACAUUUUAGGGGCCAUUAUUCUGCCUGCAAUAGCAGUCCUCUCAAAUUCAUGCUGUUAAUCUCAAAACUCCAUGCUACUGAUUUAAUUUUUACUUUGAUAGUGGUUGAUCCUUUUUACUUCCUGUGUGCCGUGGUGCUUUUUAUUUCCUACAUAAUGAUGCACUUCUUUAUGCCGCCCAAUCACAUGUGCUUCAUUUAAGUCUUGGGUUGAAAAAGUGGAACUUGAGAUCGUUCUCUGCAGAUUACCAUUUUCUACCUCAUCCUUGAAUUGAUCUGUUGAUAACUAAAUUUUUGGUAUGAUUAUCCAGCCAGUUAAUGAAUAAUUCUGAUAAUUUUGUUCAGAGACCUGUUCAGAGUAGGAGAGAUGAAAAAAAAAUGGGGUGGAAGAAUGUUUUCCAUUCCCCCCCCCCCCGCUUUGUACAUGAAAAAAUAAAGGGAAAGUUGAAAACUAUAGAUUCCUGGAGGCAGUACAGAUACCUGAAUACAGCCUUAUGCCUUUAUGGCAUCACUCUUGAAUCACUUGAGUUUGCUUUAUUUUGGGAACUAAACCUAAAGCAAUAGUUGGCCCAACUGAAAGGGCUCAGUUGUGCUGUUAUUUAGCAAGUCCUAAAGAGAGGGUAAUAAAACAUAUUUAGGGCUGGAAAAAGAAACUUAGAGAUCAUUGAGUUGAGCUUCCCUCUUCUGUUCUCUUGUUUUACAAGUUGUAAAAUAAACCCAACAACAAUAAUACCAAGACCACAGAAAUUAAAUGAUUGUCCAGGAUUCCCACAGUUAGAUAGUGACAAUGUUGAGGCCUCAACUUCAAAUCUCUGAGAGAUGUGAAAGUUAAUACAGAGGAGAUGAAGAAGAGUUCAUCUGAUGUGACCUGGGAAACUAGCAUCCUUUCUAUAUGAAUAUGAUUUCUUGAUAGUAUGAGUGCUAUAAAGACACACCAUGAGGAAAUUUCAAUUCUCAAAACAUCCAAGUUGCAUUUUAACCAGAUCCUGUGAUUCCAAUGGUAAAUGAUGAGAUUUUUCCAGUUGGACCCAAAAAUGUUUAUUGUAGCCAGGGUUUAACAUUGCAGUCAUUGUCUCAGUCCCUGGGAGUAGGUUAGCAUUUGGGAGUUGUAUGAAACCUUUUUAGCUAUUAGAGUAUUUGGGAUAUCAAUGCAUAGUACGCGACAUAGUAGGGAUUUUCAGAGACUUCCAAAAACUCUUGACUUAACUCCAGGGUGUAUCUUGAUCACUGCUGUGAUUUUGGCUGAUUAUAAACAGCGCUUUCUCCUGCUUACGAUUCUAUAUUAAAAAUAGGCAAGUCAUCAACUGGCUAAAAUCCCAUCUGCCCUUAGUUUUCACUAGCUAAUUUACAAGUAUGCCAGAAACUUCACGAUGUACCCAUUCUUCCCCAGGGCUUCCUAUAUAGCCUAGAACUAGCCUUGGGGAUUUCUCAAGUUGGACCUAAUGUCCUUUGAGUUAGAAUUUCACACUGCAAUAAUUAUCACUUUGAGUCUUGCCUUCUGUUUAUGCAUCAAGUGAUUUAAUGUAUGAAAUUUCACAUCAUCACUCUGAGAAAAUUCAGUCUAUGAUAAUCUAGGCCUAGAUGAGUGAAUAAACUGAGAAGUUACAAACCACUAAUGCAGAUAACAUUUCAAGAAUGGCUUCUCUUAAGACGUUUCCCUGAUAAGAAUACAUUCGUAUCUGUCUAGUUAGGUAAGUGAAUGAAGCAUUUUGAAGACUGUAUUUAUGAUCUUGGAAAUGAAUCAGGAAAUAAGUUUUAGAUAAGCUUUGUAAACAGAGCACAGCUUCCUACAAGCUAAAAGUGAGACUACUGGGGAAGAAAGAAAACAUGUUUGCGUAAAUUAUAUAGGGCUGCCCUAAUGAAAUACCACUAAGUGAACGCUUUAAAGAGCAGGAAUUUAUUCCCUCACAGCUCUGGAGGCUGGAAGUCCCAGUUCAGGGUGUCAGCUCUAGUGGAAGGUCCUUCUUUGUCUCUUUCAGCCUCUAGUAGCUGCUGGCAAUCCUUAGCAUUCCUGAGUUUGUAGAUGCAUCUGCCUCCAUCCUCCCAUGGCCUCUCCCACUGUAUGUCUGUCUCUCUGUGUCUGUACUCCCCCUUAUAAGAUACCACAUGAGAGAUUAAGGAGCUCUGGUGGUGCCACAGUUAAGCACUUGGCUGCUAAACAAAAAGUUGGCAGUUUGAACCCACCCAGCAGCUCUGCAGGAGAAAGACCUGGCCAUCUGCUCCUGUAAAGAUUUCAGUCUAGAAAACCCUAUGGGGCAAUUCCGCUCUGCCACGUGGGAUCAGUAUGAGUCCAAAUGGACUCUACAACACCUACAACAACAGAAGAGAUUAAAUAUAGUACAAGUUCUGUGACCUCGUUAACAUAACAUAAAAAAACCCCUGUUUGCAAACAGAAUCACGUUCACAGGUACAGGGGUUAGGGCUUAUAUAUAUUUUGGGGGGACACAAUUCAAUCCAUAAUAACGUUUGUGACUUCAAAAGCAAAGGAAUUGGUUACGAAAAAGUGCAUUUGCAAGUAUGGGCUUUCAAUUUCUCCCAAGUAACUUUGGAAUAUCUUGCAAUUUAUACUUUUUCAAUUCUAUAUUUUAUUGUUACUUUGUGAAAAUUCUGUGUCUAUAAAGUAUUUUCACUGAGUAGCAUAAAAGUUGAGUUUAUAAUAAUGGCUUAUGUUAAUGUCUAUCAUGGCUUGCUGGAGACAAUAAAUCUUGGCAACAUCCUCUUUUUGUUUUAAUUGUAUGAUUCCAUUUAUACGAAAUGUCCUGAAUAAGCAAAUCCAUAAAGACUAAAAGUAUCUUGGUGGUUACCAGGGUCUGGGGUAGCCGGAAAUGGGGACUGACAGCUAAUGGGUACAGGGUUUCUUUUUGGGGGUGAUGAAAAUGUUCUGGGAAUAGAUAGUGGUGAUGUUUACGCAAAUUUGUGAAUAUACUAAAAACCACUGAAUGGUUUUGAGUGCACUUUAGAAGGGUGAAUUUUAUGGUAUAUGAAUUAUAUCUCAAUUUUUAAUAUACAAAAGAAACAUUGAUGCCUGGUCUCUAUUCCGAGCAAUUCAAUCCAAAUACCUGGGGGUGAGGCUUGGGCAUCUGAAUGUUUUAAGGCUCUCUGGUGAUUUAAAAAAAAAAAAUUAUUUUGUUGUUGUUGAGAAUAUACACAGCAGAUCAUACACCAGUUAAAGUUUCUACAUGUACCAUUUAGUGAUACUGAUUACAUUCUUCAAGUUGUGCAACCUCUCUCACCCUGUAGUUCCGAGCUGUUCCUCCCCUAUUAACACAAAUUGACUGCCCCCUAAGGUUCUUAACUAAUCUUUUGAGUUGCUGUUGUCAAUUUGAUCCCAUACAGAUAGAUCUUAAAAGAGCAUAAUGUUCAAGACAGACUUUUUUUUUUUUUUAACUGAUUAAACUAUUGGUUGGCUUUAAGAAGAAUUCAGGGAAUAUUUUUGGUUUAAGGUUUAAAGAUUAUCUUAGGACAAUAGUUUCAGGGGUUCAACCUUCAUGGCUCUAGGAAGUCUGAAGUCCAUGAGAAUCUGAAAUUCUGCAUUUUCCCCCUUUUGAUCAGGAUCCCUCCAUGGACUCUUUGAUCAAAAGGUUUGGUAAAGAUAGCCAGAAACCAUCCAAUUCUUUUGGUCUCAACGCAAAGGAAACAGUUUCAACAACUUAAAACACCCUUUUUGCUUAUUCACAUUAACAAGAAGCUUUUUUCUUAGCCAUAUUCACAGCAACCCAUCCAUUUAGCAAUCAAUGAAGAUUUCCCUUUAAUACUGCAUAUAUUUUUAGUUCCCUCUUUUUAACAUGUUGAUGUAGUUAAAUAUGUUCUUUUUAUAACAGGACCUAAGUAACUCCAAUGAUUUGGAGGAAUCAGGACAGGGAUUUUUCAAGCAUUGCUUAGGGCAGGGAAGACAUAGUGUGGUACAUGGCAAAAUGAGCUUGUUCAAGGUUGGUAAGGCGGUUAUGGAAGGAAUGAAUGGGGUUCCCUAUUUCUAAAUAGAAUGCCAAAUUUAGGGCAAAGGUGGAGACUUUGUUAUUUUAAUUAAAUUCCAGCUCCCAGGUAUAGAAUGGAGAAAUGACUGUGGAAAGAACCCAUCAGUUUAGGAUGGAAAGCUCAGAUUUAGCAGGAUAAUCGCAAGUAGAAUGUGACCAUAUUGAUUUGUAUCAUUUCUAAGGCAUUCGGAGAGACCACAGUCUGUGAAGUGGGGUAUUAAGUGUCAUGAAGAGGGCCUCUCAAGUGAGCCUUAGUGGCUGUUAAAGCCCUCCAAAACCUAGAGGUUACUUUCACUGUCAGCCUUCACACUCGACUGAUGCGCAAGUGAAGAUUCUAGGGCUUGUCAGUACCCUAGAGCUCAUUAUAUACCAGUUGCUGACAAGUCGAUGCUCUUUCAUGGCAACCCCAUGUGUGUCAGAGUAGAACUGUGCUCCAGAAAACAACGGCUAAUUUUUUUGGAAGUAGGUUGCCAGGCCUUUCUUUGAGGCAACUCUGGGUGACUUGAACCUCCAACCUUUCAGUUAGCAGCCAAACGCUUAACUGUUUGCACCCCGCCCCCCGGCACUCCAGAGCUUAUAUACAAACUCAGAAAUAAAAAUCGUUACUCAAGUAGGAUCAGAAUGGAGCAUGAAAAAUGACCAAGAUGGGUGGCCCGGAAAUGAAGUGGUGACAGUGAAAGGGAGGCCAUAUGGAGGGCGACUGUCAGGGUACAAUUCUCUUGAUGCAAAUGCUCUCUCCACCUACAGGAGAGUUUUCCAUCUUUGUGAGUUCCCUAUUGCCAUCUCUCCUGAUGCCCAUGACACCUGAUAACCUCAGGUCCUGACGUGGCCAUCUGCUGCUCUGCUCGGCCUGAGAGCCCUGGCCCUGUGCUUUCCAACACCUUCACAUCAGGUCUUUGAAGACCUUUGUGGGCACCAGGUUCCACCCCACAUCAUACCA